AUGGAAAGCAUUGGCACUGGUCAUUCGCAAAAGCCCAAUUCUGCCUGGGCACAGCGAUUUGACGACAUGCCCGAGCUCCCGGAAGUCGAAGCGUACAGGCGGCUGGUUGAGGUCCACUGCCUGAAAAAGAAAAUAUCGCGAGUGGCUGGUGGCGAUGAUAACGUUGUGUUCACCACUCCUGGGGCCCCAGUGCGGGAGCGUUUCCUUCAUCGUAAGAUUAUGUCAGCCAAGCGACUCGGAAAGAAUCUAUGGCUUGAGAUGGAUGUAAAAGGGCCACAGCCUCUGUUCCAUUUUGGGAUGACUGGAGCAAUUGUUGUGAACGAUGUUGAUUUGCCAACACAUUGGAGUGGAGGAAGCAAAGAGUGGCCGCCACGUUUCAUGAAGCUUUCCCUAGAUUUCGUGGAUGGGACCCAGAUGGCUUUUGUGGAUGUUCGUCGGUUUGCCCGUAUGCAGCUCGUUGACAAUCCACCCAACAGCAGCCCUCUGAAGGAGUUGGGGUUCGACCCCCUGCUGAAUCACCCCUCCAUUUCAGAGUUCACUGAGCUGCUGCGGCAACACUCUGGAAAGUUGAAAACUCUACUUUUGGAUCAGAGUUUUGCUGCUGGCAUUGGCAACUGGGUAGCAGAUGAUGUGCUUUACAACGCUCAAAUUCAUCCUGAACACCAAGUCAACGAUCUGACAGUGGGGCAGAUUGCAGCCUUGCACAAAUCGAUAGGUUAUGUUAUCCGAACAGCAGUUGAAGCAGGGGCUGACUCAAGCAAGUUCCCAGAGGAUUGGCUUUUUCAUGUUCGUUGGGGCAGAGGGAAAAAGAACCAGACGCUGGCCAAGGUGAAAGGACACAACGUGGCAUUCACCAAGGUGAACAGCCGCACCACGGCAUUUGUACCAGCGCUGCAGAAAUUGCCACCAAAAGUCAGGUCCAGGUCGAAGUCACAGACGGCAGAUGGUGAUGCAAAAAUAACUGGAGCCAAAGGUUUGAAAUCAGCUUCUGGUGCUGAAAACAAGUCACAAGGCAAGCAGGGAAGGGGGUCCAUGAAAGAAGACGUCACAUCAGACUACCAGUCACAAAAAGCAGCUAUUCAAGAAGCAAAUGCUGAUGGUGCAGGCAUGAAUGCUCCAGCAGCAUUGAGGAGGCGCGGGAAAGUCAAAGCUGACGACAAGACAAGCGCAGUCCACAAACAAGGGCGGGGACGCAAAACGGCGAGGUCGAUGCAAGGAGGUUCUGGAGAUGCAGAAGUGCACCAACCCCUGAAGAAACGUCCAACGAGAAAGCUUCGAAAGUCGUAG